AUGGGGAACGGGACAUUUUUCACCUGGCUCAAGGAGUAUAGAAUGAAAAUCGCUUAUGCCGGUCUUUCAGCGAUUAUAUGUCUGGGCACUGCCCAAGCGCUCUAUUCUUUGCGAGGCAACGGAAACAACAAUACAGAUUCCCCAUCAGUUGAUGUCGGCUACGCUGUUUAUCGAGGAUACUACAACCAUACAACUGACCUAAAUGUAUUUAACGGCAUUCGGUUCGCGGCGCCCCCGACCGGCGCUCUUCGCUGGCAGAGACCACAGGAACCGCAGACAGAUAGAACGACCCACACGGCUCGCGAUUAUGCUCCAAGAUGCCCACAGGCCAAUCAUGGCCCCAAGCCUGAUAGAUGGUUUUUCUUUUUAACAGACCAAGAAAAUGAAGAUUGCUUAUUUCUCAACGUAAUGAGUCCAGUUAACGCCAGCAGUCUUCCUGUCAUGGUCUGGAUGCAUGGUGGAGGUUAUGGUGCUGGAGAUGGCCGCUACGAUUUCGCCGAAUUAAUCAAUACAAACAAUAAAUCUCUAAUAGUUGUAUCCAUCCAAUAUCGCCUUGGAGCUUUUGGAUAUUUAUCAUCCGAAGAAUUCUCCACAUUUGGCGUUCCGAAUGCUGGUCUAUACGAUCAACAGUUUGCCCUUGAAUGGGUUCAACAGCAUAUUUUUAAGUUUGGUGGCGACCCAACUCGUGUAACUAUCGCGGGCGAAUCCGCUGGCGGUGGAGCUGUCAUGCAACAAAUGCUAGCUUACGGCGGAACACUAGGAACGAAAUACUUUAGUAAUGUCAUCGCUGCAAGCCCCUACUUGCCCAUGCAAUGGCCAUAUGAUGGAGAGCAACCAACUAUUGCCUACAACGCAUUUAUUAAGCAGGUCGGAUGUGCGGAAGAGCGCGGAAAUACAUCAGUCCCCGAAUGUCUCAAUUCAAAAGACACCUACACCUUGCAAAAUGCCAGCGCCUAUGUAAGUGCUUGUUCGAAGUACGGACAAUGGGCUUUUCUGCCUGUUGUGGACGGCUCUUUUAUUCAGAAGCGACCAACUCAACAACUACUCUCUGGCAGGGUUAAUGGGCUUAGAGUACUAUCUGGUCACAACUCAGAUGAAGCUCCUGCGUUCGUUCCGCAAACAAUCAACUCAGAGGAAAAUUUUGAAGCAUACACAAGCAAUCUCUUUCCACUUAUGAAUAAUCAAACCCGUGCCAUACUCUCCAAAAUAUAUGAGAUCCCUGAGACUGUACCUGGGCCAUAUUUCAGCACCCUCGGCUCUUCCGGGCCCACUGCGAUGAAUCAGAGCUCUGUAGCGAUUGGCCAGCAACAGCGCGCAAACAACAUGUACGCUGAAAGUACAUUUGUUUGCCCAAGUUAUUGGCUUGCAGACGCGCUCACAAGUCGGAAUAGGUCGUCCUGGAAGUAUCAAUUCAGUGUACCACCAGCCGCCCAUGGAGCUGACUUGAACGCUUAUUACGAACCCAAUCGUGCUAUGUUCGGUAUUGGGACACUAACCGAGGCCUUCCGUAAGGGUGUACAACUGUCUUGGGGUAGGUUCAUCACGACCGGCGAUCCUACACUUCCGAUAUCGCUGUCGAAUAACAUAACGAAUUCUAAUAGCAGUGUCGAACGUGGUGAUGAUAUUUCCGCCGCUACACCAACAAGCUGGCCCAAGUGGCAGAGAGGAUCCAUGCCGAUGUUGAAUCUGAACAUGUCCGGCGGUGUCGAGGUCCGCAACAUUUUUUGGGUCGCAGCGGGUGUGACAAUAAACGUAACUAAAAACGUCGACCCAGGGCUCAAAGCCAACUGGUCUAUCGUGGAUGCGGGCGCAUGGGAAGGCGGGAGAGGAAGAAGGUGUAAUUUCUGGGCAGAAUUUGGGGGUGUUGUUCCAGAAUAA